AUGAAGCAAAAGGAGGUCAAGAAGUUUAUCCUUAGCAACAUGGUAAGUAUGAUUGGUCUCCUUGAAACCAGAUUCAAGGCUAUAAACCUUGGUAAUCUGUAUCUGAAUUUAUUUACAGGCUGGUGCUUUACUACUAACAUCUCUUGGCAUGAUGGUGGGAGAAUUUCCAUUGGGUGGAAUCCAACCAUAUUUAAUGUUGAUAUCUUGAAGUGCACAAGCCAAUUAAUCCAUUUAAAAGUUAGGAAUAUUAACCAAAGGAUGGAGUUUCUAGCUACCUUUGUGUAUGGUUUUAAUGAUGUAAUUGGGAGGAAAGAUCUGUGGAAGAACUUGGUGGAUAUUUCCAGCACUCAACCUUGGAUGGUUCUUGGGGAUUUUAAUGACAUAUUGGCCAAGGAGGAGAUAAUUGGCAAGAGGGUGCGUGAUUCCAACAAUAGUGAUUUCUUGCAUUGUGUAAAAAACUGCCAGCUUGAGGAUAUAAAGUAUUCUAGAAACUUCUACACUUGGAGCAAUAAAAAAUAA